AUGGUUUCGGCUCGGCCUUUGGUUAAUAAAAGGUUUAUUAAAAGACUUGGUUCAAGGACCUCUAUCUCCGUUUGGGAUGAACCUUGGAUUCCAGCAUCGCGCCCGAGGCCAGUCACAGCGCUACAUGUUUGGGCAUUAUCACCAUGUCCAACGGCUCCCAAUCGUUUCCCGACAGAGGCUUUGUUUGCAAACAUCGCCUACUUGCUCUGGAAUUUACCAGAUGAUGAUAGGAUGAGAAUGUACCCUUGGUUGAUUUGGUUUAUUUGGAAAGCAAGAAAUGAAAAGGUUUUCUCAAAUGACGAUUCGGAUCCGAAUGACAUUAUCAGCCACGCGGCAAGAGAGGCGACGACAUGGAGGAUGACACAAGUUAAACGAGCAGUAGUAUCAACGGCCUUAGGGGUCUCGGGUGGAACCACCCCCCCCAGGGUGACGUUUGUCAGGUCGAUGGGUCAUGGAAAUUAA